UGGAGUUGGUGCUGAUGCUGGGCUACUGAGGGGCUCAAACAGCAGCAGGCAGUCACUGAGCAACACACAGCUCCUCGAAGCUCACAUCACCUCACUACUCUCUCUCUCCGUGGGGUCUCCGGAUAGAGAAUCACCCCAGUGAGACACAUUUCAGAAGAGUGUGAUCUUACUGAAGAAGAAUGACACUAGCAGCAUACAAAGAGAAGAUGCGAGAGCUCCCCCUGGUGUCGCUCUUCUGUUCCUGCAUCCUGCCCCAGCCACAAGAAAAGAUCACCAAAACAAAAGAAGAUGUGGUGGAUCUCAACCUGUGCAUCAUCAAAGACAUGGAGGUGAUUGAGCUUAACAAGCGUGCCUCUGGCCAGGCCUUUGAGGUCAUCCUGAGGCCGCCAUCCUUCGAAGGGAACCACGACUUCCAGCCCACCAUCCCGCCCCGAAGGGACCCCUCCUUGGAGGGCAUCCAGAAGAAGCUGGAGGCCGCGGAGGAGAGGAGGAAGUGCCAGGAGGCUGAGCGUCUGAAGCAGCUGGCAGAGAAGCGCGAGCACGAGAGGGAGGUGGCCCAGAAGGCCAUCGAGGAGCACAACAACAAAAUCAAGAUGGCGCGGGAGAAGCUGGAGCAGAGGAUGGAGGCCAAGAAGGAGAAGAGAGACGCACACAUCGCCGCCAUGCUGGGCCGCCUGCAGGAGAAGGACAAGCACGCUGAGGAGGUGAGGAGAAAUAAGGAGUUGAUGGAUGAUUGCAGCGAGUAGAGCGCCUCAGUCUCUGAGUCUCCACACACAGCUGGUUUUGCUGUGUCCCUUUUCUAAUCACAGAGGAGGGACAUCAAAACCAGGGAGAGCUUUUUUGCAACACUAGGAUGGAGAUCCAUAUCUAACAUGACUGGGGUAGAGAGGAGACAUAGGGAGAGAGAGAGAGAGAGAGAGAGAGAGAGAGGAUGGUUUGUGCAUCUGACAUGGAAAUUCAGAGUGCUGUGGAUACGUGUUGCAUCAGCUAGAUAUUAUGUCGCCUGAAACCGUGUUCUGCGCUUUUGUGGUGUCAUUGUGUCUUUGUGUGUGAGUCAUAACACACAAGAUUUUGUCAGUAAGCAGAUGGCGGCGAGAAGAAAAUGACCUGUCUUGCUUUCUUAUAUUGGGCUCAGAAGGAACUCAGGCGCACACAUAUUUAGCAAUGAGGCCGAAAGUUGCUUUGUUUUUUGGCCUCAAACGCUGCUAGGCCUGAAUGAGGACUGCUUAAAGUGAUCAAAGAAUGAUCUUAAUAGUAAAAACAAAACUAACUAAAAGCACACUUUCAAUUAUCCGUAAAUGUAAACACAAUAAAGUCUGCACUGAAUUUCCAUGCAACUUUUGCCUUAGAUGUUAGUGUUAGUUUACGUGUCAGUGAUAGAAGUAAAUGUGUAUUUGAUAUGCUGUGGGUCAUCAAUGUGAUUAGCUAUUGAUAUAAUGUAAUUCAAAAUGCAGUUUUAAGUCAGUACUAGUAGGUUUAAUUCACGUAUUGCAUUUGGUUUGUUGUGCUGUGAUUGGUAGUUGUGUGUUGGCGAGUCGAUGUGUAUCUCUGUGAUUAGAGUAGAAGCCCACACACACACACACACGUGCGCACACACGCGCGUGUCUCACUCGGAACAUAAGAAUGACUGAACUAUAUGUGAAGUCUGUACUGUGUUAGCAUGCACUGAUCCCCCUCCCCCAAGAUAAAAACAAAUAUUUCACUAAACUUUUGGUGUGUAAGUGGCUGUUUUGUCCUCGGCUCGGUGUCAGCUUCUUUUCUAAUCGCUGUUCUUUUGACCUCUGUAUUCCAGGUUCCUUGAGGCCUGGUCAGAACUCUCGCUGAACAUUUGGGAGCCCACUCACCAAAGGACUGACUUUUUUGUCUU